AUGGCCGACUUAGAAGCCGUACUGGCUGAUGUCAGCUAUUUGAUGGCUAUGGAAAAGAGCCGAAGUCAGCCAGCUGCCAGAGCUAGCAAACGGAUAGUCCUACCGGACCCAAGUGUUCGAAGUAUCAUGCAAAAAUAUCUGGAAAAGACGGGCGAAAUCAAGUUCGAGAAGAUUUUCAAUCAGAAACUCGGCUUCUUGUUACUCAAAGAUUUCGCAGAGAACAUCGCGGAAAAUGCCUGCCCACAGAUCAAAUUCUACGAAGCGAUCAAAGAGUAUGAAAAAAUGGAGACACCCGAAGAACGAUUGACGAAAGCCAGAGAGAUCUACGAUCAUCAUAUUAUGGUGGAAAUGCUCGCCCAUGCUCACAACUAUUCGAAGGACUCCCUACAACAUGUACAGUAUCAUCUGCUCAAAGGCUGUGUUCCGCCGGAUUUAUUUCAGGUAAGAGAGAAUAUUUUGGCGCUUGUGAAAGGAACUCUCCAUUUCGGCUUGGGUGAGAGGGAUUUCCUGAGAGGCUUAACCGUGUCGAUGUUCUAA